UGCCCCCGCGCGCCUUUAACGGAGGGGCGGAGCCUGAGGAGGCCUGAGACACUGAGGGUGUUAAAGAGACAGCAAGACACAAUCCUGGGGUGCACCCCCCCACUCUUCCUGUGCUAUCAUGGACGCCGCUGGUCCUCUCAUCCAUGUGGACUUCCCAGAUGUGGCCAGCUCCCUCCUGGAAAGCCUCAACCAGCAGCGAGUCGAAGGGAAGCUGUGCGAUGUAUCCAUCCAUGCACAAGGUCGCGUGUUCCGUGCCCAUCGCGCCGUGCUUGCCGCCUCUUCCCCGUACUUCCACGACCAGGUGCUGCUCAAAGGCAUGAGCUGCGUGGCCUUACCAGGUGUGGUCGACCCAGGGGCGUUCGAAGCCGUUUUGUGCGCCGCCUACACGGGCCGCUUGACUAUGCUGGCGGAUGAGAUUGUCAAUUACUUGACCGUGGGCAGCGUUCUCCAGAUGUGGCACGUGGUGGAUAAGUGCUCUGAACUUCUAAAGGAGUCUCGUGCCAACAGCAGUGCUGGAAGCAUAGAGGGGGCAGGGAGCAGCCGUGGUCCAACCCCACAGAGACCUCACUCCGGCAGAGCCAGCGAGAACCAGUCCCCCAGCAGCAGUAACUACUUUAGUCCACGUGAGGUGCCAGCAGAACCGUGUGCAGAGAGGAGUAGAAGAAGGAGCGAUGUCACAAGCGAAGCAGCAGCAGAAGAAGCUGGCGGAGAAGAAGAACCAUCUGGAGAAGAGGCAUCAGUCGCUAGCUGCUCCAGUUACCGAAGGCCCAGCAUUGUUCCUCAGAGACACUGGGUGUACGUCAAAAAGGAACGGCCUCACCAGGGUCUAUUGCUGACGUGUGAAGGUGAGGAGGAAGAGGACGAGGAAGAGCUUGAGGAGGAUGAAGAAGAGGAACAACUCAGUAUCAGCGAUGUCCGCACCCUCAACGCUCCAGAAGAACAGGUGAAUUUUUGUGAGCCCUCUGAUGGGAUGCCUUAUGAAGAAGCGACUGGCAAUGGUCCUGGUUACCCACAGGGCCCUCCUCUUCUGCCUCUGGAUAUGCAAGGAAAUCAGUUGCUGGUGCUGCCUUCAGGACAUGGCGCAGCUGGGCAAGGUGGCACAGGGACGAGCCAAGGAGAAGGCGGCAAAAUAUUCCUGUGCCAUUGCGGAAAAGCAUUUUCCCACAAGAGCAUGCGCGAUCGGCACGUCAAUAUGCAUCUCAACCUGCGCCCGUUUGACUGCCCAGUCUGCGGAAAAAAGUUCAAGAUGAAGCAUCACCUGACGGAACACAUGAAGACGCACACCGGAGUGAAACCUUACGAGUGCGAGGUGUGCGCCAAGAAGUUUAUGUGGAGAGACAGCUUUAUGAGACACCGCGGUCACUGCGAGAGGCGGCAUAGGGCAGGGGUGGGCGGAGGAGGUGGAGGAGGAGCAGGGCAAGGGAUCAGUGAGACACCAUCUGUCUAACGCUGGCGAGGGGCAGAGAGUGGAGCUCGAGUGGUGAAAUAAGACUGAAACAUCUUCUGAAGGACAAGUCAAUAUGGAGACCUCAGUAGGACGUAGACGCAAAAUCCCACCAUAUGACAGUGUGGAUACAGGAGGCAAAGAUCAGGGCUGGAAGUCCUCUGAGCCUUCAAAUAGAUUUACCCAAAGGUCAAAGGAGGAGAGUUGAGACCCCAUUAUGAAGCCCUCUUCUUGAGGAGUGUAACCAGAGAAGUUUUAUCAUGACUCGCCUUUUGCACUUCCACCCAAAGUUCCACCUUUCGUGAUGGAAUCAGCAAUAUCCUUCCUGCACUACCUUUCCAGUCUCCUUCUCCUUCAGCCGCUCUUGCCCACCGAAGCACAAGCUGCCCCUUUUUUACCGAGACUUUAACCCUUGAAUGGCUGCGUUGCGCCACCAAGAACUGAUGCACGUGGUCGGUGCUAUGUGAUGAUACCGAAUAGACCGCCUUGUAUUGACAUGACAGAAGGCAUCAUCCUAACGUCCCGUCUCCUUCGCUAAGGAGAGACCGCGGUAUGAGCCGUAUGUUUCGAAGGAAUCUUGACACUUGUACAGUAUUUUCAGUUUUUAAGCAAAAUGAGUGCAAGGAGUUCCGACUCCCCACCGUCUUUACAUCUGCACAUUAUUCAUAGAAGCAUGUUUUUGAAAAGUGAGCACUAGGUGAAAGGAAACCUUAGUAAUUUAGGGUUGUCCUGGUCAGGUGGACUACAAGGGAAAAUAAGAAAACCUGUUCAUCCUUAUCGUGGAGAGCUAGGGUCGUAUUUACACCUACAGUCACCACAAUGAUAAAAAUUAUCCUUAUCACCUUCUAUGUGCUGGUGGUGGUGGCAUCUCCUGGAGAUACUCAGGAACCUUGUCGCUUUCUAGACUUCAACAGUUGACCUUGAGUGGAAGAAACCCCAUCUUGGCGCACUUCUGGGCCAUCCCGCUUCUAUAAACUGCUAAGGUUGGGUGAAGAAAGGGGAACACUACAGUAUUUGACUCUCACUGACCUGUCACAUUGGAACCGGCCAUGUUGUGGGCUAAAGAAUUAUAGCUAGUUGCAUUGUCUGACGUGGCUCACGAGGUCCAAUCUAUAUUUAUGUCUUGUUGGUUCUUAUCCGUAGGCUUCAUCCUCCAACAUGGCCGAUUCCUUCAUAUGCAGACGUCCGGUCUACUUUAACGUGCACAAGUGACCUAUCAUUGAAGCAGCCAUUGAGUCAUUGACACGCAAUGGUCAUCGAUGGGGAAGAUAUUGCUUCCUUGUGGACUUUGAUGAAGCCCAUUGUUUAAAAUGGGUGUCCUGCGAAUCCAGUGCUUUGAACAGUGCAGUGUCCUGCAUAUUGUCUAAAUGUAUCUAAGCUGCGCUUUAGUAACAGAUGGAGAAAUUGGGGAGACUCGCCUUCACUUACUAUAAUUCUCUCUACAUAUAUUUGUGCAAUAAGGCUACGUUGUGGUUCUAGAAUGGUAGAUACUAAUAUGUAUACCCGCCACCCAUAUUAUGUAUAUCAGUAGGUAUACAUUCUUUUUACAUGUACUAUAUGCGCAGGGUUACAGAUUGUCAUGUAUGGAGGUGGUAUGUUACUGGUCAUGUUUUUUAAGUAAACUUUUGCAAUUAUUAUUUUUUUUAUUGCUCCAAUGCAUUUUAAAUAAUACAUGGCAAAAAAAAUCAAAUGUUUUGUGUAACGAGCUCCUAGUCUGGGCAGUUGGUCUCCAUGGAUACAGACUACAAAUAAAACCAAAGUGUAGUCUGAUCCUGGCGAGGUGUUACAGCAAUGGGUAUGGAACUACUGUGUCAACCAACAGAUUUGACUCAUGGCUACUGUUAUCUGACAGUUAUCUGUUUUUUAUCCAUUAACCCCAGUACAGGGAUCUAGACUUCGCUGCAGGGGAACCACCAGGCCACUAAUUCCUGGAGUAGUCUCUGUGUGAUUGACAGCUGACCCUUAGGGCUCAGAUAUACCUGUGUAGGGCACUGAGGGGGCAGGCAAAGAUCAUGCUAUACGGUACAUGGUCCAAGGUCAGGGCAGGCAGCAGAGGAUCAAUAUGGAAUUCAGGUCAGGCAGCGGAGGGUCUAAAUCCAGAAAACAGGGAGAGAUCGGUACACAGACAGACAACGAGAAAUAGCACAAACUAGCUGGCUAAGAACCUUAUUGUUCAGGCACCUUCCCACAGGGGAAGGGGAAAUCAGUACCCCAGGGUGUGCGCUGGCCUUAUGGGCAGAGAUGGAGAGGUCUUGCCGGCAACCAGCCUACAUGGAGGGAAGUAGCAUAACCAGCGGCCAGGAAGAGGGAGACAGCAGAAGGCGGUCCAGGCCACUGGGAAAAGUAGACAGAGCAGGAGCGGCUGUGAGAUGCCACUGUAACAUGGGGUCAGAGAGCGUCUUCCAAAGCACACACAGGGUUUGUUUGUAGUCGGUAACCAUGAAGACCCAUAGGCUCUGCAGAGGAGCUGUAUACCUAAAACGUUAAAAGGAGAUUAUUUUUUUUUUUAAAUGAAGGAUUUUUGCAAAGUUUUUUAUUUGACAGGCAGGGGAGCAAUAAAAAGAAAUGAUUCAAGGUCUACAUAUCCUUGCAGCGUGCACACAUGUCCACAUUCCCCACGUAGCGAUGGGUUCCAGAGUCAGCUAUGCUAUACAUUGGAAUGGCCCUUUUAAGUAUGCAUGCUGUGCUUUCUUGUCUGGUAACCCAAGGACACCAUGACGGAAACCCGACGGACCCCAUUAUAGACAGUGGGGUCUAUUGGGGACCAUUGGUGCCCAUCAUGUGACAGAUCUGGGACUGUCAUCAUUUUAAUCCUAUAAUGGAACAGAACAAUGGGAACCGCAGAGUUGAGCCCGGCCUCGAUCACUAGUGAUCCGGGUUAUUGAUUUGACACUCGUGCGGUUACAUAUCUCCUCUCUAUACACACUUGUUCCAAUGCAAUACUAUAGGAACCUCAGAUCCUUCAGUUCACUGUGUACCCUAACGCUACCUGCAGAAAAAAAUACUUAAUACACUACCAGUAAAGUGACCAAAAUUUGACAAAUGUCUUGUACGCUUGUUGCAUACAUUGUCCAUGAGGACAUUGACCGGCCGUGCAGAUUUUAAAACCCGCUGCAUGUCAAUCGUUUCUGGGGAUUUUUACUGCUGAUUUCACCCUUUGCCAUGCAGAGAGUGAGAUCGGGGGAAAUCCGCCAGUAACAUCUGCAAAUUCCGGUGCCGAAACACACAAAAACCCGCACCCGUGUGUAGGUAGCCUUAGGGUUUAUUUGCAGGUCGCAGUCAUAUUUUGGUGGCAUUUCAAAAUCCUACAGGUGCGAACGAGCUCUAAGGGCCAAUUCCAUCUGGAAAACACAGGCCUACAUUGGACCGACCCUGACAGUACAAUAGACCUGCAGUCACAUAAAUUACUAUGAUACAGUUGGGGUCCGGGAGAUGCGGCCGUCACAGGGCCAAUGUUUCUCGGACUGAGCCGCGUGGCCGUACCCGUUUGGUGCAGACGAUACCCCAGCACAUACUGUAUCUCCAUUCCCAGAACUUACAUCCAGCGAGACCUCCGUUCCAUCAUCCAUGACAUAGACCACCCUCAGCGUGUCCCCUGCAUCCUCACAAUGGCCGCGUGUACACAGCACAUGACUAUAGUAUGCCGAGUUCUAGAGGUAGAUGUGCGUAGACGGGUGUGACCCUGUAUAUAGGCUCUCGUUCACACACAGAUAUGUAUAUAAACUAUUUAUAAGUGUAAGUAGACUGACCUACGGUACACAAGACGUACACGCUGAAUGACCGGAACGUGUGUGCCGCCAUCAGAUAUGCCACCUAUGUGUUUGUAUCCACACGUACAUCAUGCGUGUGUAAAAUGUCACGUACCCCCCCCCCCCCCCCCGAUGUGUACAGGAGUAUGACGUGUAUAUAUAGACCGGUACUCUGCGGAGCUCCCGAACACUACUGUGUACACAUCACUGUACGCGUCUGCGCGCCUACGCUAUAUGUACACGCAUCAUCUUUUUUUCUAUGCCAUAAUUUAUUGUAGUGAGGGUCACGGCCCUCGUUUAAGGUGACUAAUUACUGUCGGCUUGUAGAAUAAAGUGCGUUU